UCGUUUUUAGAAAAUAAACGUACUUUCGGUUUACCCUUAUCUGCAUAAACUGGACCAUGGCUAGUUUAAGAAAAAUUUCAGCUUACCUGUUCAGAACACAGUUAUGUCACCCCAGGACACUUGGUGGAUACAAGAAGAAUUCUUAUACAGCCGUAAAUUACCUUACAAAUUCUGCACAGUGUUACACAUUAAAUAUGUCAAAGAACUAUACAACAAGUAGAACUCUCUUGUGUGAUGAGGUGAAAAAGGCCCAGGGUUCAAAGAGGACGGGUGAACCAACCAUUUUCUCCAAGAUUGUUGAUAAGUCUAUCCCAGCAGAUAUCAUAUACGAAGAUGAACUGUGCCUGGCUUUCCGAGAUGUUUCACCACAAGCCCCUGUCCACUUUUUAGUGAUACCAAAGUCCCCAAUUCCCGGAAUCAGUGAUGUACACCAACAGGAUAAAGAGGUCAGAUAACUCAUUGUUUAC